UUGUUUUGUUGGUUGGACAGAAUGACUAACUGUGUCGUGUCGAAAGCCGAAUUCGAGCAAAAUGUAUACACACACACAGCUGUGCUCGAUCUGUGUCUCCAUCUAUCGAUUGCGACCGAUUUCAUUUAUUCGAUAGAAAUCUAAAUGAUCAAUUUGUGAUAUAAUGUCUUCAUUUUAUCAUUCAUUAAUUGAUUCUAGUCCAUCGAAGAUAUUUUCAGGAGUGACCCCACCGCCGCCGCCGCCACCACCACCACCACCACCACCACCACUGCCCCAAUCCAUAUUUUCUUUAACAUUAACAAUAAAACAUUAUCCGAAUUCGUCAUUUGUAGAAAAAUCCGAAUCGAAUGUUGUUGCUAAUCCGGAUCAAAUUGUUAAAUUUGCUUGUCAAAGAUUCAUUCGAUCAUUUAAAUCAUUCAAACAAAAUAAUAGUCCAGUAUUAUUGCUGUCAUUAUAUCAUCAUUGUGAUCCAAUUAUACAAAGUGGUCCAACAUGUGGAUUAGUUGCAUUGAUAAUGUGCCUCAAAUUGAUCGAUAAUCAAUACGAUAUUGAUCUAUCCAAAAUAUUGAUAAAAGCUAAAUCCUAUGGCAUUACCAGAUUUGGUGAAAUGUUUUCUGUGGAAAACAUGGCCAAAUUUAUACGUGAAGAAUUUUCAUUAAAUGCUGAACAUCGUUAUGAUCUGGAACGAUCAAUGUAUGAUGUAAUCGAACAUUUAUGUAAUGGACAACCAAUUCUCGUGCCAUAUGAUUCAGAUUUUAAUCAUGAACCUGGAUUAAGACAAGGCAAUCGUGCACAUUGGGCAUUGCUUUGUGGAUUCUGUUUGGUUGAUUCUUCAUCCGAAACAGUAAAUAUAUUGACCAAAGAUUUUGAAAAAACUGUGAAUCUUGAAACUGAUGUAUUAUUGUGUCCACUGAAAUCGAACAAAUUCGACAAUAUAAAACAUUUAUUAUCAAUGGAUCGAUUAUUCGUAUACGCUCGUCAAGGCAAAAGUAAACAUUUACAUAUAUGGAAUUAUCGAAAACUAUGUGAAAGUAAUCAAAAUCUACGACGAAUAAAAUCGAAAAUUCUUAAUAAUAAUCGACAUAAACAAAUGAUUUAUCCAUUAGAUGGACGUUUAGAUCAAAGUCUUUGCAAUCAGUUUAUAUUUAUUUAUGGCUAAAUUCAUUCAUGCUAAAUCAAGGUGUGAUGAUGAUGACAACAACUACAAUAUGA